AUGCUAGAACAUUCGCCCGGGCCUUGCAGCCCUCCACCCCAAACAGAUGGCUCGGCCAGGACACCUGCAAAGCAGCUCAAGCCUCCGCCUCCGCGCAGCUCUCCGGAUGCGGGCCACCGUGUCGGAUCAAAUAAGGCGCGCGAACCUCCUCCUGGCCUGUGCAUCUCGUCGCCCGGGCUUGGAGCUUAUGAAAAUUUCUCCGCCCGCCGCCUCCACCUCCUCUCGGUGCCCUUCCUCCUGCUCCUCUUCCUCCCCGGGCUCCCGGAGCUGUCAAGGAGCGGUCGGGGAGCGAGGGGCGACAGGCCGCGGCCCAGCGGGCAGGCGCAGUGCGAGGCUCCCGCCGCCCACCAGGCCUGCGCGGCCCCUAGCCCUCAUUCUGCCCCGCGCACAGGCGCGCGCCGGGGGAAGGUGGAGGCGCGCGGCGGGACGUGCGGGGACGCGGAACCCGGGCGCGGCAUGUCCCAGGCGGCCGCGAGGGCGUGGACCCGGCGGGUCCCGGGAGGGCGGCCUAGCGCAGUCCCUCACGGCGCCCCCUCCCAGCCUGCGGCUCGGGGCCGGCGAGCCCUGCGCCCUCAGCUCCCCCCCCCCACCCCGGGCCGCGCGAACCCCCAGCGGACUUUCCACUCCUCAGGCCACGGGGAGCCGCCAGCUCCCACCCUUGUCCGGCCUUUCUGGGCCGCCCCACUGACGGGCGCGUCGGGCGGUUAG